AUGGAUUCUUCCAAACAUGACUAUGGUGAAAACUUCGGUGAAAUCCAUGGAAUCCUCUUAUAUAAAGACUUCAUCGAAUGUUGGAAUGAUGUGGAAGCCUUCCAGGCGAGACCAGAUGACCUUGUCAUUGCUGCCUACCCUAAAUCCGGCACAACCUGGCUUACUGAAAUUGUAUAUAUGAUCUAUAAAGAUGGAGAUGUGGAAAAAUGCAAAGAAGAUGCAAUUUUUAACCGAGUACCUCACCUGGAAUGCAGAGCCAAGGAGAUACUUAAUGGUGUGAAACAGCUAAAGGAGAUGAAAUCGCCAAGGAUGACAACGACUCAUCUGCCACCUCAACUUCUUCCAGCCUCGUUUUGGGAAAAGCGGUGUAAGAUGAUAUAUAUUUGCCGGAAUGCCAAAGAUGUAGCCGUCUCUUAUUAUUAUUUCUGUCUAAUGGUUACAAUUCAUCCAGAUCCUGGAUCCUUUCCAGAAUUUGUGGAUAAAUUCAUGCAAGGUCAAGUUCCCUAUGGUUCCUGGUAUGACCAUGUAAAAUCGUGGUGGGAAAAGAAUGAGGAUCCACGUGUGCUAUUUAUGUUCUAUGAAGAUAUGAAAGAGGAUAUCAGAAAAGAGGUGAUGAAACUGAUGCAGUUCCUGGGGAGAAAGUCAUCAGAAGAGCUUGUGGACAAGAUUAUAAAGCACACAUCAUUUCAGGAGAUGAAGAACAAUCCGUCUACCAACUACACCAUGAUGCCAGAAGAAAUCAUGAACCAAAAAGUGUCACCCUUCAUGAGGAAAGGAAUUUCAGGAGACUGGAAGAAUCACUUUACACUAGCCCUGAAUGAGAGAUUUGAUAUACACUAUGAGCAGCAAAUGAAAGGUUCCACAUUGAAGUUACGAACUGAGAUCUGA